AUGUACACCGUCCCGUGGAAGAGUUGCAUGAUCCACUUUAGGCAACUCCAAAGUGUCGUAACAAAAUUCACGUGAAACUUGAUUGGUUUAAUCGACAGGAUUGAAAAUCGAACAGCAUAAUGCUAAAGUUGCAGUGAUUCAACCUGAAGAUUUGUUUGUUUUAAGUAAAGAAUUAGCAUUUCUCGAAGGUAUGGGGGAACAUGUUUCUGUUUUUUGGGAAUUCACGAGCUUGAAAUGAUGGGUGUUUUUAGGAUGAAAUGAAAUGAUGAUUAGGUACCAAGCCAGCCAAAUGAGUCGGUGCAAGGCGUGGCGUGCUCUUCAGUCCUCUCCACUUCCCAUGUUUACUUUUUGUGCUGACAGUGCAUUUAAUGCACUGUACUAGUACUGAUUUUACACGACCCGACAAAGGUCACCCAUUCCUCUCGUGCCAGUUUUACAGGAUAACAAGGUCACAGUGAGAGCUUGGCGGCAGAGGUGGAUUCUGUGUGCAUUUUGUUUUCUAGGCAACAAUGAGGAUCGCCUGGUUGUUGCUGUUCAAUUUUGCAACAAAUGGGUUGUUGAUUUAUGGAAUUGAGCCGCCAUAUUCUUGUGAUUUGAGAAGUCCCGCUACUCGAACUUACGCAUUCUGUAACAGCUCCAAGGCAGUUGGAGAGCGCGUGAGGGAUUUGAUAUCGCGGUUAAGUUUGGAGGAGAAAGUAGUGCAGCUGAGUAAUACGGCGGAUGGCAUUGGAAGGUUGGGAGUACCCAAAUAUGAAUGGUGGUCGGAGGCUCUGCAUGGGGUUGCAUUUGGUGGUAUUCGAUUCAAUGGUGCUGUUCCUGCAGCCACCAGUUUUCCUCAAGUCAUUUCGACUGCUGCUUCUUUCAAUGUCAGGCUCUGGUACCGCAUUGCUCAGGCUACUGGCAUUGAGGCAAGGGCAAUGUAUAAUGCAGGGCAGGCAUCUGGGCUGACUUUCUGGGCACCUAACAUAAACAUAUUUAGGGAUCCUAGAUGGGGACGAGGUCAAGAAACACCUGGAGAAGAUCCACUCGUGGCUAGCAAGUAUGCAGUUGCCUAUGUGCGUGGAUUGCAAGGUGAUAUGCUUUCUGAUAAGACAAGAGGAUCACCUAGAGUUCAGCAGAAUUUGAGAGCUUCUGCCUGCUGCAAGCAUUUCACAGCAUAUGACUUAGAUAGCUGGGAGGGCACCACUCGUUAUUCUUUCAAUGCUUUGGUGACUAAACAAGACUUGUUGGAUACGUAUCAACCACCAUUCAAGAGUUGUGUGGAGCAAGGGCACGCAAGUGGUAUCAUGUGCUCCUAUAACAGAGUUAAUGGAGUCCCUCCUUGUGCUGAUUAUGACCUUCUUACCAACACUGCAAGACAUGACUGGGGAUUUCAAGGCUACAUCACCUCGGACUGUGAUGCUGUUUCAAUCAUAAAGACCGAUCAUCAUUAUGCAUCAACUGCAGAAGAUGCGGUAGCAGAUGUUCUAAAAGCAGGAAUGGAUCUAAACUGUGGAGAUUAUUUGCAAAGAUACACAAUAUCAGCGAUCCAGAAAGCAAAGCUGAAUGAAUCAGAUGUCGACAGAGCUCUUUACAACUUGUUCUCUGUACGCAUGCGUCUGGGGCUUUUCUCUGGUGAUCCUAGCCAACAACUGUAUGGUACACUGAAGACAGAUGAAGUGUGUUCAGCUGAACAUCAAGAAAUUGCAUUGGGUGCUGCAAGGCAGGGGAUAGUACUUCUCAAGAACAGUAGAAAACAUUUGCCUCUAUCAAAAACGCAAACCAAGUCUUUAGCUGUCAUCGGGCCCAAUGCCAACAAUGCAACUAUUCUGCUUGGGAAUUACCAUGGGAUCCCUUGUAGGACCAUAACACCACUUCAAGGCCUGCAGAAAUAUGUCAAGAACACUUUGUAUGCACCAGGAUGUGAGAAUGUGGCUUGCUUAUCUGAUACUAUGUUCAAUCAAGCCAUAGGAAUGGCAAAGGAAGCAGAUGAAGUAGUUUUAGUUGUUGGAUUAGACCUAACCCAAGAAAGGGAGGAACAUGAUCGAAUCAAUUUGAAUCUACCAGGUGAACAGCAGAAGUUAGUUUCUGAAGUCUCCCGUGCAGCUAAAAGACCUGUGGUGCUUGUGAUCCUCUGUGGUGGUCCAGUAGAUGUAUCUUUUGCAGUUAAUGACUCUAGCAUUUCCAGUAUCAUUUGGGCAGGGUAUCCUGGUGAAGCUGGAGGCCAAGCCCUUGCAGAGAUUAUAUUUGGUGAUUACAAUCCAGGUGGAAGAUUACCCAUGACAUGGUACCCUCAGGAUUUUGUGAAGGUACCAAUGACAGACAUGAACAUGCGCCCUAAUCAUCAAACCGGAUAUCCAGGUCGGACAUACAGAUUUUAUAGAGGAAAGACCGUGUUUAAAUUUGGUCACGGAUUGAGUUACUCAAGAUACUCACACAAAUUCUCUUCUUCAACAAUGAAGGAAAUUUAUGUGAAUGUCACAGAAGCUAAGCAAGCUCAACCGCUUGACAAAGAAAAUAUUCAUCAUAUCCAUGUAGAGGAUACCCAUUGUGAGGGAUUAAAGUUCAGAUCCCACAUAAUUGUAGAAAACCAUGGUACAAUGAGUGGAAGGCAUUCAGUGCUCUUGUAUUCAAAGUCUCCUGCAACUCAUAAGGGAGUUCCGCAUAAGCAACUAAUUGGGUUUAAAAAUGUUCACAUCCCAGCCAACCAUAAAGCCAAAGUGAGGUUCAUUGUUAAACCAUGUGAGCAUUUCGGCACUGUGGAGGAGAAUGGGCGAAGAGUGCUAGCCUUUGGUUCACAUUUCUUGAUUUCUGAUGGUGUUCAAUAUCCAGUUACAAUCAUACCCAACUAUGUAAACAUAAGAGAUUAGGCCAUAAUGGCACUUAGUGAAUUACACAUAGAGCGGCAUUUAGAUUUUCUCUGAGAUGCAAGAACUUUUAUGCUAUUUUCUCUGAGAAGAUUGUUUUUACUUGAUUGGCUUGAUUUAAGAUUUUAUGUCCUAAAUUAUGACUGCAAAUGUCCGGUAAUUGUGUCCAAAGAAUGAAUUCAAAAUUUUCAUCAAA